AUGUUACCUGAUGAGAUGCUAUUAGAAAUUUGUCGAUAUCUUCAUAGUGGUGAUGUACUCUAUUCAUUUUUUGGCCUUAAUUCUCGUUUAAAUCAAACAAUAACUUUUUAUCGUCAACAUGUUUCACUUCAUAAAACAUUUUAUAUGCAAUUUAUUCAUAUAUUUACAAUAAUUCUUCCUCAAAUUGAAUCAUCUAUUCGUUCUUUAGUCAUAUUUGAAUUAGAAUCACCAUUAUUUUUCGAAUCAUUUAAAAAUAAUCAUAUUUAUCAAGAUUUAGAAAAAUUAACAUUAGUUAAUUGGACCGAUGAAAAAUUAAUUAAAUUUAUUGAUACAUUACAUGGAAUGAAACAUUUUCAUAAACUUGUUAUUCAAGCACUUGAUCUAACUGAAUCAAUAACAAAUAUAAAUCUUCUUAGGAAAAUUCUUGGUGCAAAUGAUAAUCAAUUAACACAUAUUGUUUUUGAUCAUGAAUGUGAUGCAUUGAAUAUAGCAGAUGAAAAAAAUUGUGAAAUAACUUUUCCAAAUAUAAUUCAAUUAGAUAUUGAAUUGCAAACAACAAAAGAUCUUUUAAAACUUGUUCAAAUGAUUCCUAAUAUUGAACAACUUCAUUUAACAUUUAAACGUCCAUGGGUAAAAGUUUCAUUUGAUCAACAAAUCAAUUCUCAUUUAACAGAACUAAAUGUUUAUGCUAUGAGUUGGUUUUCAACAUUCGAUGAUCUAAAAACAUUGAUUCAGAUUUCACCUACUAUCAAAAAUUUCUCAUUUGUACUUGUUACUCGUGAUUAUUCUAUGAUUAAUGGACAAUGUGUACUUGCACUUCUUCCUUCUUGUGUAAAACAAUUUAAUUAUAGUAUAUGUUAUCAUUCAUUUGAUAAAGAUGAUAAGUUUGAUCCAAUUCGUAUUAUUAAAUCAUGGAAAUCUAUUCCUGUUGCAUAUUCAAUAAGUGAAAAUGAUAAACGUAUUUUUUUACAUACCGUUUCCUAUCAUCCAAAUCGUCUCUCACUUCGUUCUCUAUUUCAUAAACAAAUGUCAGCUGAUGUAAAUAGUUCAAUUUAUAAAAAAGUUCGUCAUUUACAUGUUUAUGAUACAAUAGCUUUGAAAGAAAUAGCUGGUAUCGUACGACAUUGUCGACAAAUUCUCGAUCUGAUUAUUUCUAUUCGAGCAUUACCAUCAAGAAAUCAAGAUCCACAAAAUACAUCAGUUGCACUUCCUUAUCUUGGUCGACUUGAUUUUCUUUCUAUUCAAGGUAUUCCACCCGAUUCAAGUUAUAUAGAAAAAAUUUUAUUAGUUGCACCUAAUCUUUCAGCAAUUUCUAUUGAUUUUGAUUGUUUAUAUAAAUUACUUAACGAUGAUGAUCAAUCACUUUUUCUAUUUUGUCUUCUUCAUCAACGUAUUUCUAUAUUAUGUAUUCGAUUUGAAGAAACAUCUAUUGAAAAAUUAACUGAUCAACAUAUUCAUUCAAUUGCUCGAGUAUUUUUUCGAGUAAAUCAUAUGUGUAUUGAUUUACGAAAUUCAAAUUUAAAAAUCGAAUCUCAUACGAUAUCAUUAAUUUUGAAUUAUUUUCCAAAAUUAAUCGUUCUCAGUAUGUAUGGACAAUUAUCAGAAUAUAUUAAUUCAAAUAAAGACAUUUUAUGUCAAUAUCUUGUUGAACAAUCAACAGGACGAUUGAAAAAUACAGAUAGAUUUAGAAUUGAUUAUGGAAAUGAAAGAUUAAAAGUAUGGAUGUAA